GUUGCGUUCCUGCAGUUGCCCGUGGUGGUGUGUGAUGCCUCUGUGCUCGACUUUGGAAUGUUCAAAAAUGGGUAUCUUGCUUGUGUACUAUUUCUAAGAUACCAAAAUGCUGAGAGAUGCAGGGGCUGCUGCUGGAGGGUCCUCUCCUGGAGACCGCCCUUCUCGCCAACAUUCCAUUGAUACUAAAACUUCAAAUUCAAGAUCCAUGCGAUCUAACGCCACUCGAAAGCUAAACCAUCUUUUGAUGCUAUCUUUUCAACCAAGAACUCACCCUGAUGCGAGUCACUCUUUCAUAUCGCGUGACUGUCCAAAAAAAUGUUAUGUUUCAACGGUGAUUUCGGGCAUGGAAAACCUCUCGGCGUCUUGUGGAAAUGAAAAUUCUAUCCGCUACAGAAGCUCGCCUCGCUUCAGUUGGUCUAAACCGAGGUUUUCAGCGUUCGUCCUUGUCCUGAUGGUAAUUUGCAGUGGUUACUCGUCCAGUGUAGCCGCACAUUGUAGGCGAGGAGUAGAAUAUUUUAAUGUUAAAACCGGCACCUGCAUCUCGUGUUCCGAGUGUGUCAGACCUCUGUACGUCAUCAUACCGUGUUACGAGUUUAUGGACACGACGUGUGAUAAUCCUGCAGAGUAUCUCGCUAAGGGAAAGGAACAUGGCGGUCCAUUUGCUCAUGUAGCUGUCGGGCCACCCGAUCAUUUGGCUGUUGGUCCACCUGACCUUAUGGCUGUCGGUCCACCAGAACAUGUGGCUGUCGGUCCACCUGACCAUGUGGCUGUCGGUCCACCUGACCGUAUGGCUGUCGGUCCACCAGAACAAAUGGCUGUCGGUCCACCAGAACAUAUGGCUGUCGGUCCACCAGACCGUAUGGCUGUCAGUCCACCUGACCACAUGGCUGUCGGUCCACCAGACCGUAUGGCUGUCGGUCCACUAGCCAACCAAAAUUCGCGAGGAACUCACUCGUCAACCACUGAGAAUGACAGACGUAAAAAACGAAAAAAGAAUCGCAAGAACAAGAAAAAACGCAAAAAGAACGGGCGGAAAUUGGAAAAUGAAAAUACUACCGAAAGAUUCAACAGACCAUCUAAUUUCGCCAUGAACUCCAAUGACAAUUUCUUCUAUGACGACUUAGGACCUGGUGGUCGGGACUCCAUCCCGAGAAAUUAUCCCGAUUACGUGAAUUUCUACGAUUUUUCGGAAUAUGACUACGAACAUUAUUUGCCUUGGGAGAACGAACAGGCAAACGCAUCACGAAACCAAAUUUCAAACAACAAUAACAGCAGUCAGUCUGCAAACAAGAGUCAGCUCAUAAAGAACAGCAGUCAGCCCUUGAACAACAUUAGUAAGAUGCCAGAUAGCCGUCAACUCUCAGACAACAGCAGUCAGCUACCAGACGUAAGUCAGCUCCCAAACAACAGCAGUCAUACACCAAACAACAACAGUCAUACACCAAACAACAACAGUCAAACACCAAACAACAGCAGUCAGGCAUCACACAGCAGCAGUCAAAAACCAAACAACAGCAGUUUGCUCCCAAACGACAUCGCCGAAGUGGAGGCAACCUCCAUUAGCGGCGGUACGGUGGCCGGCUUGCCGCAGCUGGAGAUCAGCAAGCUGCUACGUAGUGGAUGGACGACCGCCAUCGUCUUGGCGUUGGUCAUCGUCGUGGUCUUGAUGGCCAUUGCGCUCGUCAUCGUCUUGGGGAUGCAGGCGUUCAUCUACUCCAAGAACAGGAUUUUGCAUCGCAUGAUGGACAAGGAAGAGUGCAAGGACCCUGGAGGAUUCAGCUCUGCCAUCCUCCUUCAUCAGUCUCCUUCUGCGCCCGUCCUUUCCUCACCUGACAGUCGCCUCCACCAUCACCUUCAUCACGACCUCAAAGACCCGCAGCAGAAAAACGCUGAUGACUCUUAUGUUGGUGGGAGUUUGACGAGGCAUAGUGCCAAGAAAGCAUUCGGUUUUUCUCUCGGCCGUCGUAGCAAAGAGAAAGUUUUCCAUGUGUCACGCACUUACAAACCCGCGCCCCGCCGCUCAAAGUUUGAAUCGAGUCAGGAUCUACCAUCUCAACAAGAGCAGCUCGUUACUUUGUCCUCCAGCGCCAUCUUGAGCUCGAGUAAUAACUGCAAGAGUUGUUCUGGCUCCGCUUUAUGUUCCAAAGAAUGGCCAGACCCUACAUCUCUCACGUUGGACGGUAACAGCAAAGAAACCACAUUUACCACCUUGUCUUCCGCGAACAACUCUCCUCCAUCAUCCCCCCUUUCUAUUGGUCCAGCACCCUCAACUUUUGCUCCUAAGCCACCAAUUGUGCUGUCCAAGUCACAAGAGGAAAGAAUAUUCCAAUCAUGCCAAAACUCCCGUAGUCAGCCACCAAGUUUCGAAAGUUUUCGCACCAGCAACAUUGUGACUUUUGAAGAUGGUUCAACUCUCUCAACCACGACCAACUACACGACCAACCCACGCUGUGGUCAAGACCGAGCUGCUGCUGUGGUGCUCUCGCCCCCUUACACCCAAACUCUCCCCACCACAUACAUCAGGACCGACUCCAGACCGCCCCUUGUAGAUCCCCCAGUCAAUGGGAGUCCUCCCGCAUCUGUGGCGUCAGCACCCACUACAAUUGAGUCUAGUCCUAGUUUUCCUGUCAUCAGUGAAAUCAAAGGUUCCCCUAUACCGUAUACCAUGGACAGGUUAUUAGAGCAGCGACGUCGUAUGGGAUGCGGAUCGUCCGUCGACACGAACGUCUACGUUGAGAUGUGGCGGGGAUCGUCGGCCGCCCCGUCCAACAACCCGUCCGCAGCGCCGUCCCCCGCCCUCCAGCACCGCGUCACGGGCUCUAAUGUCACGGGUCCCGCCCUCCAGCACCGCGUCACGGGCUCUAAUGUCACGGGUCCCGUCUUCUCCGCCGUCCCUUCCUCCAUGUCCUCCACACUCCCCGCUCCUGACGAUGCCCCGGCAGACUCCUUCGCUGUCAUCGAGCGCAACUUGGCGAGUCUCAGUCGAGGCAUCGAGAGCCUCCAGUCGGCGCGAGGUCCUCCUCCUUCAGGUGGCAGUACUAACAACACCAUCUGCGGCAGUCGCCUCGCCCACCGUCUCACUGCGCACCUGAACUCUGUUACUGCCGCCCAGGGCAGUCCUAAGUUGACAGUUCGACGCUUCAAACAAUAGUAAUUCUCCUAAGUUGACAGUUCGGCGCUUCAAACAAUAGUAAUUCUCCUAAGUUGACAGUUCGGCG